GUGUUUGCAAUGGCUGCUACUGUGAACUUGGAACUUGAUCCGAUUUUUCUGAAAGCUCUGGGUUUCUUACACUCCAAGAGUAAAGAUUCUGCCGAAAAGCUAAAAGCACUGCUUGAUGAGUCUUUGGCUCGGGGCAUUGAUUCAAGUUAUCGUCCAGCUCAAAAGGAUGUGGAACCACCCAAAAUUUCAAGCACAAAAUCUAUUUCUAUCAAGCAAGAGCCCAAAGCAUCAUCGAGUCUCCCUUCCGGCAGUAGUAAUGGCAAAGCCCUCGCAACUGAAAAGAUAAAGAAAGAAGCUGAAAAGAGACCUGCUGAUAAAAUGAAAGAUGUCACUGAAGGAGUUGAUAUUCCAAAGAAACCUAGAUUGGAGAAACCAGAGACACGGUCUUCUCCCAUUACUGUCCAAACCAGCAAGGAUUUAGCUAUGGCAGACCUCUCCAGCUUUGAAGAGACUAGUGCUGAUGAUUUUGCCAUGGAGAUGGGCUUGGCCUGUGUUGUUUGUAGGCAAAUGACCGUGGCAUCUGGAAAUCAAUUAGUAGAAUGUCAAGAGUGCCAUAACCUCUACCACCAAGAUUGCCACAAACCCCAGGUGACAGACAAAGAAGUGAAUGACCCUCGCCUGGUGUGGUACUGUGCCCGGUGCACUAGACAAAUGAAGAGAAUGGCUCAGAAAACUCAGAAGCCCCCACAGAAACCAGCUCCCACUGUUGUUUCUGUGGCCCCAGCUGUCAAGGAUCCAUUAGUUAAGAAACCAGAAACCAAACUUAAACAGGAAACAGCCUUCCUAGCUUUCAAGAGAGCAGAAGUCAAGCCACCCACGGUUAUUUCAGGAAAUUCUUCUGGUAACAACGUGUCCUCUUCAGUAACUAGCGGCCUAACUGGAUGGGCAGCUUUUGCAGCCAAAACAUCUUCAGCUGGUCCAUCAACAGCAAAAUUGAAUUCAACAGCACAAAACAAUAGUGGAAAACCUGCUGCCUCAUCAGCUAACCAGAAGCCUGUGGGAUUGACUAGUCUGGCAACAUCAUCCAAAGGUGGACUAGGUUCCAAACUAGGUUCUGGUAACAGCUCUUCCCCCUCUGUACCAUUAAAACCACUUCCACCUCUAACCCUAGGCAAGACUGGCCUGAGUCGCUCGGUUAGUUGUGAUAAUGUCAGCAAAGCGGGUCUUCCCAGUCCCAGUAGUCUAGUUCCUGGGGGCAGUGGGCAGGUGAGUGGGAAUGGAAGCAGUGCUGCCUCAGGGCCCAGUGGAAGUGCCACAAGCAAAACCACACCGGAGCCCAGCAGCGGCCCCUCAGCGUCGCUUAAAGGGCCAACUUCACAGGAAUCACAGCUCAACGCCAUGAAGCGAUUACAGAUGGUCAAGAAGAAAGCUGCCCAAAAGAAACUCAAGAAGUAAGGUGGCCAAAUAGGUUUUUAUAUCAUAUUGCUUUAAAGAUUAAUAAAAGAAAAAAAAUCCCUAUGGGGACAAACAUGUAAUAUACUGUAACUUAAUUAAAAAAUCUUGAUGAUCAAAUCUCUAUUGUUACAUUAAAAUGCUAAUAUUAUUUAGCCAAA